CCGGAACCAGGUGAUCCAGUUAUAAGUAAUGUGCAGCAAUCGGUGUUGGCGUCGAAGACAGCUCUGAAUCCACCACCACCACCUCCUCCGCCUGAGAUAAAGAGUUACGGUAUCGUGGAUGAGAAUGGUACGAUGUCGGAUGAGUUUGAGAUUGGGGAGUUCGAUCCGGAUUUGGUGGAGGAUUGGGGAAGCGGAACGGAGAUUGAGACGGAAACCAGUAAGGAAUAUGCUAGGUCCACAUUUCGGGUUAAGAAGUUUGGCCUUUGUGACCAGACGAUGAGAGAGUAUGUACCUUGUUUGGAUAAUAUGGAAGCGAUCAAGAGCCUUAAAUCGACUAUGAACGGGGAGAGAUUUGAACGGCACUGUCCGGAAAAGGGGAAAGGAUUGAAUUGCUUGGUUCCUCCUCCCAAAGGGUACCGACCACCGAUCCCGUGGCCUAAAAGCCGUGAUGAGAUAUGGUUCAGUAAUGUCCCACAUUCACGUCUGGUAGAUGACAAAGGUGGUCAGAAUUGGAUUUCCAGAAAAGGGAAGGAUAAAUUCAAGUUUCCUGGAGGUGGCACACAAUUCAUACAUGGGGCAGACCAGUACCUGGAUCAAAUGUCUAAGAUGGUUCCUGAGAUUACAUUUGGUCAUCAUAUUCGUGUUGCUCUGGAUGUUGGAUGUGGUGUGGCAAGUUUUGGUGCAUAUUUGCUAUCACGGAAUGUUAUAACCAUGUCAGUAGCUCCUAAAGAUGUCCAUGAAAACCAGAUCCAAUUUGCACUUGAACGUGGAGUGCCUGCAAUGGUAGCUGCAUUUGCAACUCGUCGUUUAUUGUAUCCAAGUCAAGCCUUUGAUUUGAUACAUUGUUCUAGAUGUCGUAUCAACUGGACUCGUGAUGAUGGAAUUUUGCUCCUUGAGGUGAAUAGAAUGCUCAGAGCUGGUGGAUAUUUUGCUUGGGCAGCGCAGCCUGUUUACAAGCACAAACAAGCCCUUGAAGAGAUGCUUAACCUUACUACUCGCCUCUGCUGGAAUCUUGUAAAGAAGGAAGGGUACAUUGCAAUAUGGCAGAAGCCUUUUAAUAACAGCUGUUAUUUAAGCCGUGAAGCUGACCCAGAUAAUGUUUGGUACGUUGAUCUAAAGGCAUGCAUUAGUCGACUUCCUGAGAAUGGAUAUGGUGCAAAUGUUGCUCCAUGGCCUGCUCGUUUGCAAAUUCCACCUGACAGGCUGCAGAGCAUACAUAUUGAUUCCUACGUAGCUAGAAAAGAACUCUUCAAGGCAGAAUCAAAAUACUGGAAUGAAAUAGUGGCAAGCUAUGUCCGUUCUCUACAUUGGAAGAAGUUUAAUCUAAGGAAUGUAAUGGACAUGAGAGCUAGCUUUGGAGGAUUUGCUUCAGCGUUGAUCGACAAUCAACUUGAUGCUUGGGUUCUCAAUGUGGUCCCUGUUAGUGGGCCCAACACCUUGCCUGUUAUAUAUGAUCGUGGAUUAAUAGGAGUCAUGCAUGACUGGUGUGAACCAUUUGAUACUUACCCGAGGACCUAUGACUUUUUGCAUGCAGCUGGCCUCUUUUAAAUUGAGAGGAAAAGAUGUAAGUCUACCAUCAUGCUUGAAAUGGACUGGAUAUUGCGACCUGGCGCACAAGUAUACAUCUACGAUUCUCUUGAUGUUAUGGAUGAACUUCAAAAUAUUGCAAAAGCCAUGGGUUGGCAUCCGGCUCUACGCUAUACAUCCGAGGGUCCUCAUGCAAGUUACAGGGUCUUGGCAUGUGACAAACGCCUACUCCGCAGCUGAACCAAUGGAACCAAACAUUCAAAGUCUCACCCCUUGGUGUUUACUAAUGGAACUUGAAGAUGUAAUUAGACAUGCUAACGCAAAUCCCGCCCAAGGGUUGUUUCCAAAUAAAAAAGAACAG